AGAUUCAAAUCUAUAUAUCUCCUAAAAUUAUCACAAGAAAAAUGAACCGUCUACUCUUUAUACUCUCGGUUCUUAUAGGCCUAUCAUGCAUUGGCUUAAGCAACAUGUUGGUGUCAGGAAAAGACAUAGUCGUGGUAAGCAAUCAACUAAAACACAACAAAUUCCUCAAAGUUCAUUGUCGCUCAAAAAACGACAAUCUUGGAGUACAUUAUUUUUUUAUCGGCGAGUCCUACAAUUUCACUUUUCAUGAUAACUUAUGGGGAUCGACUCUUUUCUGGUGUGACCUGUAUCAAGGUCCCCAUUUUAAGCACCACCAGCCUAUUUUGGCGUAUGAGUAUUUGAGGAAGGAAUAUGAUAUCACCUCAAAUAAGUGGGUAGCUAAAGAAAAUGGGAUUUAUCUUUCUCAAGAUGGAAAGGAUGCCGUCUUCAAAUAUGAAUGGGAUGGUCCUUAA